UAGCUCUUACUCUCACACUUUCUCUGGGGCUGCAGUACACGCGCUUUCUGACUGUUCUCCCGGCAAUAGACAAGUCUUAUAUCCGUUAUUUAGGAAGCAGCAAUCUUUUUUAAUCAUGGAGAAGAAAAACGAAAUUAACGGACACGCUGUGUCCGAGACCAUGAUUCCUGUCGUCUUAGUCAAAUCAGAGAAGAGGAAUUGCAAAGAUAAGUUCAUGUCGUUUUUACGCAGAAAUCUUGUAGUAAUUCUGACGGUGUCCGGGGUUAUUGUGGGCGUCGGGCUCGGCGUGAUGGUUCGCAAAAUGGACCUGACGCGAGCGCAGAUGACUUACUUCGCGUUUCCCGGUGAGAUGCUGCUGAGGAUGCUGAAGAUGAUUAUCCUGCCUCUCGUUGUGUGCAGCUUAAUCUCAGGCGCCGCCAGUCUGGACACUCGCUCUCUGGGUAAACUCGGAGGGAUCGCCGUGUCCUACUUUUUGGUCACCACGCUCAUAGCCUCGUCCAUCGGGGUCGCUCUGGCUUUCCUCAUCAAGCCCGGGGUUGGCGCUGGAGCUCUCAACACCAACAACCUGGCGCUGGAGAGCGUCAGCAACAACAAGGAGACCGUCGACUCGUUCUUGGACCUGGCGAGAAACUUGUUUCCAUCUAACCUGGUAGCUGCUGCUUUCCGCUCAUAUGCUACAGACUACAAGAUGAUUACAGUGGGAAACACAACAAAUGGGACGGUACUCAAUCAGAAGGUGCCAGUGGGAACAGAACCAGAUGGGAUGAACAUUCUUGGCCUGGUUCUGUUUGCUAUGGUGUUUGGAGUGGCCUUGAGAAAGUUGGGAGCUGAAGGGGAGGAGCUCAUACGUUUCUUUAAUGCCUUCAAUGAAGCCACAAUGGUACUGGUAUCUUGGAUCAUGUGGUAUGUACCAGUUGGCAUUAUGUUCCUGGUAGGCAGUAAGAUUGUGGAGAUGGAGGAUGUGGUUCUGCUUGUUACCAGCUUAGGAAAAUACAUCUUUGCCUCAGUCCUGGGCCAUGUUAUCCAUGGUGGCAUUAUCUUACCUCUUAUCUACUUUGGUCUCACCCGCAAAAAUCCCUUCACCUUCCUCUCUGGUCUAAUCACACCUUUCACCACAGCCUUCGCUACCUGCUCCAGCUCAGCAACACUGCCCUCGAUGAUUAAAUGUGUUGAGGAGAACAAUGGUGUGGACAAAAGGAUCAGCCGUUUUAUCCUGCCAAUCGGAGCUACUGUAAACAUGGAUGGAGCCGCUGUCUUCCAGUGUGUUGCUGCUGUGUUCAUUGCCCAACUCAACAAUGUGGAGCUCAAUGCAGGCCAGAUCUUCACUAUUCUCGUGACAGCUACAGCAUCCAGUGUUGGAGCAGCGGGUAUUCCAGCAGGAGGAAUAAUCACCAUCGCGAUUAUUUUGGAAGCAAUUGGCCUGCCUACCAAUGACCUGUCACUAAUGCUGGCUGUGGAUUGGAUUGUGGACCGUACCACCACUGUGGUAAAUGUGGAAGGUGAUGCCUUGGGUGCUGGGAUCUUGCACCAUAUAAAUGAGCAGGAGAUAAAAAAGCAAAUACAUUUUGACAUGCAGCAGGAAGAGGAAGAGCUAAAGGAGGUUCAAGUGGAAGCUGUGGCUAAUGUCCAGGCUGAAGAGGAGACCUCGCCUCUAGUCACCCACCAAAAGCUGGGCGAUGACUGCUCAAAUAGCUCUGCUGAUGAAAAGGAUGGCAUGGAGUCCGUGUUCUAAAAUUGCUAUCUUCUAACCAGUGAAAGCAGUUUAUCGAUUUAAAGCAUUUCCACUCGAUCCUUGCAUAUUCCUUUCUAAAAUCUGGGAAUAUGUGCCGUAUCUCCCGUAUAGAAGUGUUGAAACUUACUUUGUAUUUGUUUUGUGGUAUUAGCAUAAUAGAAUGAAUGAGAAUGAAAUGAUCAGUGAGGUUACAUUCAUAUCAUUUUUAUUGUGCCAAAAGGUUUUUUUUUAAUUAAUUAAUCUCUCUUUUGUGAAAAAAUUUCCAUUUUUAUACAUGUCUAAAAGGGUGAAUAUUUCCUGUUUUGAGUUGUUGUUAAAGAUAGUGAAGAGAAUCAUUUACAGACUGACCUCUUUGACUGGCUCUAUGUAUUUGCUGUGUCUUUAUUUCACCUGUGAAACAUUAACUAUUUUGAAGAUGGAUAAGAAAACAUGUGCUGUAAAUAUUUGUUUCCCUGAUGGCUUAAUGUCUUGUCACAGGCCAAUUAAGUUCCGGUCUAGAGACAGAGAUUUGAUGGGGACUGCUUUGCAAAUGAUCUGAAUAUGACUUCUGGUGCAUGAUUUCACUGAUUUCUGGGGAAAUAAGCAUAAUUAUGCACUUUACGUAAUUAUUAUAUGUUACAGAAAUGGUACAAUAGUACGAUACUGUAGUGACUCCCAGUGGUAUAAAUGUGAAAGUACUGUCAGUCUCAAUAAAUCUCAGUCUCCGUUUUCCCUUACACUUAGGUUCAGAUGUUACCAUUGACUUAAACAUUCAGUUUUAAAACCACUGAUAGCCAAAAUAAAAUCUGUUAUUUGUUUACAUUUCAGUACUGAUUUGCAACUAACUGUGAAGUAAUUAAGUUUAAAGGGUCAUUGAGCUAUUAAUUUUAAAUGUAUUGAGAAGAUAACUGAAAUUGUGAUUUUACAUAAUUUUUUGUUAAUUUUAUACAAAAUUUGUUAAAUAUUUACUUUAAUCUACAUGCUAAUGACACUGGCUGCCAAAUUGUUAAAGACUGAUAUUGGCUGGUUAAUACAAGUUAACACCAGUGUAUAUGUUAAUAUUGCAUUAUUGAGACCAGUACAACAUUAACGGUACAUACAAUAAUUAGUCUUAAAACUGUGACUUUGUGACUACUAUUGAUUUCUCUGCUGUGAUAUGUCUGUCAUUAAAUGAAGAGCAAAGUG